UUCGCCCAGCUUUAUUAACAAAGACACAAUGUUUACAUCUCUAAAUGGCAGGAUGGCUCGGUGUGUAGUACCCCGGUAUUAUGGCAUGGGACUCCCAGUGUGUAAUAGAAGACCCUAAAUCAAACUGCAACAUGGAUACUUCAGACGCUGCGGAAUCGCACACAGAACUCGCAGAGCUUCCAGAAAAUCAUGACUUUCAAACCUUUGGCAAUCGGAGUACAGCAAAUAAAGGAUCUAUCCUCCUUGCACGUCCUUCUCAAUCUGGUGACUUGCAGACGUCUUCUUUAAAAGAUCUGUGCAGCAGUGAACAGACCGAUCAGAAAAGCUGUGAGGCUCGGUGGAUGCAGUUAUUUCAGUUGGUUGAGCGACAAUGUCAAGUGCAGAUAGAUGCCCAACAAGAGCAGUUUACCCAUCAGAUACAGCUCAUUCGUGAUGAAAUUUGCUUACUCCAGUCCCAGGGAGGCUUUUCUCCCCAGAAUUAUGAUACAGGGGAGACCGUUUUAACUCGGGCACGUGACCUACAUCCUCCAAAGCCUCUUGGCGAACAACAUAGCCAGGAUGAAGGCAGAGGAGAAACCACUAACAGCCUACUCCAUCUGCUUAGAGAACCUGAUAUUCAACAAAGAGCUUUUAUUACACAGGAGCAGUUUCUGGAGAAUACAUCUGUUAGCAGUGGCUAUGGAACACUUUCUGCCUCUGAGCCAAACGCUUGUUUAAGCAGCUGCAGUCAAAAUACCUCAAGGGAUACUAAGCAGUCUACAAAACAGACUGUGAAAGAAUACAGGACUCAGUCAACUAAACAUUCUUAUAUAAAACCUGUAUCUGUAGAAAGUGAAAGACCUUUCAUGCUGGCACUAGGUGCUAAAUGCCAUUUGCCACAACCUGAGAAAACAUCUGAUGGAAACCUAUCAAAGCAUCCAGAACCCCACCUAAACUGUGAUAAAAGUACUAUCCGUAAGAGCAAUUCAUCAAAUAGUAAAUCACUGACCACCUGGGCUCAGAGGCACAAACAGACCCCGCAUAAGAAAGUUGCCAAAAUGGACCAGGGCACAAUUCAUUCCAGUCAGUCAAAUGCUCACCCUGAAACAGAACUUGAAUAUACAGAUGGCUCCUCAAAUACAUUUUACCUCAAUCGUACAGAGAGUACAAAUUCCUUAUUUUCUGCUGGAUCUGGGUUUACAUACUGGAUGUUGGAUGAAAAGGAGAUGUACCAUCCUUUACCUGAUAGCUUUGAAACUGGAUUUUCCAAGCUUGUUUCCACUAAAGAGCCUGAGGAAGCAAAGAUCCCAUCUCUAACUGAUAUAUAUCAACGAAAACAGAGAGACUGUGGACCUUCAGGCUGGGAACUGAUCUCUCCUUCCGAGCACACUCAUCCUCCAGAGCCUGAGGAAGCAAAGAUCCCAUCUCUAACUGAUAUAUAUCAACGAAAACAGAGAGACUGUGGACCUUCAGGCUGGGAACUGAUCUCUCCUUCCGAGCACACUCAUCCUCCAGAGGUAUUGACGCUGGAUCCAACUCUACACAAAAAGUCUGUCCACAAUACAUUACUUUCUAAACCUGCCACUCUGUGUAGUGCGCAUUACACAGCUCCUGUGACUCCAGACUCCAUUUCGGAAAAUGCUGCUUUUAAUCGUUAUGAUGAGGAAUCUGCCUCUACUGCGUCAUCUUUGUUGGGUGAUUCCUCAAAUAGGUCCCCUCAUAGUCCUGUAGCAGGUGAUGAUCAGUGGAAAUGCACCAGAUACCAAGGAAGGAGAAAUCUAAAUUACCAACCAUGUCAUGGAGACUCUAGUGGUGAUGAGAGGAUGAACUGUACAGAGGAUGAAGUGAAUAGUUUGACACCAUGUUCAAUACCUCCUUCACCCUUACCAGUAGAGGAAAAUAUGCAUCAAUCCUCUGCCAUCCCGUCUGUGAAUCACCCAGUGAUGCUGUCCAAUAUCAGACGGAGUUUAAGAGAAAAGCAUGCCCGGCACUUAGCAGACCUGAGGGAAUAUUAUGAGUCCGAGAUCUCCAAUUUAAAGCAGCAGCUUGUUGCCAAUGACCAGAUCACGACCUCUGAAGAUAUGGUGAAAGUCCGCAGUCUUGCUGAGCGAUGUGCCUAUAUGGAAGGAGCUUUAACGGAAGCCAGCAAACAAAUCCAUAUUCUCGAGAACCAAAACAAUGAACUGGAAAAACAAGUGGCAGAGUGGAGGGAACAUUACCACUGUGCCAACAAUACAUCAAGAGAAUUAAGAGAGCAAAUUGAGGAAAUGAGAGAAAAGAGCAAAGAAAAAGAAAAUGCAAUCAGCCGGUUACAGUCCAGGCUCAAAGAAGUUGAAGAAUCCUUAGCAAAAGCUUUCAGGAAGUCAGAUGAUAAAGAAGCAAGAAUAAAACAGGAGCAUAAGAUGUUUCAAGAUCUAUUGUUAGAAUAUGAAUCUCUUGGGAAGGAACAUAAAAGAGUAAAAGAUAUGCUGAGUAUAACAGAGAACAAAUUGUGUGAUGCAGAUGGUGAAGUCGGUGAGCUUAGAAGGACUGUUUCAAAGCUUGAAAAGCAGAAUAAACAACUGGAGCAAGAAAACCUGGUGAAACUUCGUCAUAUUACUGAAAGCCAGUUGUGGUCGUCAAACCCUAAUAAUGAAAUGAGACACGAAACUGGUAGCCUUUAUGCCAUGGAUGAAGUAGCUCAGAAAUAUCUGGCAUCUGGAGCAGACUGUUCCAUCUUUACUGGACAAACUCUUGAUAACAAAGCCAAAGAGACUGAGACUAAACAGGACACAAUAUAUGUAUCCGACAGGUAUCAUUCUCCUCCUGAAAAGGAUUUGUUACAUGAUAUUCUGGCAGCUAAACCCAAAACCAAAGACAGCAGCAGUCAGAGUCCAAUUCUAAAAGCUCUGAGAGAUUUUGAAGAAGAGAAACAAUUGAAAAGGUGGAACACUCUUACAAAUAAAGAACUGUCCUGUAAGAGAGAAAUGUCAGGUUUCAGUGGCACUUGUACUCCUCAUGGAUCUCCAGAAAGUAAACAACGACAAAGACGGCUAAACUCUCCAUCAGGACCACGAUCAUCUUCACUUCCACCCUCAAUCCGGAAGUCUGCUACUACCCCAACUAAACGGGAAUUGAUGCUAACACCAUUGUCUGUGAAAUACAGUCCAAAGCGUUCUCCAAGAGAGAAUCUUUCCCCAGGUUUAAGCCAGUUAUUAUGUGAUGAGACCACGGGGACUAGGUUUGAUGUGUUAUGCAAUGAUUCAUCAACGUUUAAAGAACCAAGUCCAAGAAAGAGACUUCAGUUUACAUCACUGGAGGACCCAGAAGUGAGGCGGAAUGCUAUUGUUACUCCAGGGAGUAAGUCAGCGCUUCCUCUAUUACCACCAUUUGAGACUGAAAUCACAUACAACGAGCGGAUGAAAAACCUAACUGACACAGAGCGGCUGUUUGACCAAUUAACAGAGGAGAAAAAACAGAUAGAAGCUGCCCUCAACCGAAUGCCGGGUACUGGCCGAAGACUGAGCCUGCAAAUGAGAGCCACAAAGGAAACAAUGGAAGACCGUCUAGAAAAGGUCAACCGUGAUUUAGGGUCAAUCCGAAUGACCUUGAAAAAAUAUCAUGUGCUACCGACAUCAGCAAAGAUUUAAUAUCUUUAUAAAUACCCUUUACUGGCUGUUUUUGCACUAAUGUAUAUUUAUGCACUGAGCAAUGGAAUAGUUUAUAAGCCUAAAGGCAGUGACUUCCCAUCUCAUGUGAUGCUUUAAGGACUUUUCUACUUCAUACGGAGCUUUUUUUUUAAUCUCUUACACAUGCUUUUGUUACAUAGGAAUGAAUGUAUAUUGUAUAUUUUGUAUUUUACUAUCUAAAACAGGCCAAAUUUUAGCUGGGUUUUGCGUGAUAUAUAAGUGUAGACUUUGUUGGAUAACCAUAGUUUCCUACCCUUAUGUCCCCUUGUAACUUUAAAAAAAAGUGUACAAUUUGAUUUAUUCAGUCGUCACCAUUUUUCCAGAGUAAUAUUUUGUUAAAUAUCAAACUUGUAAAGUAUUCAUGUACCAUGUGUGUUCAUUUGGUCUGUGCUACAAAGACCUUCAACGCUUGCUGGGCAAUGCAUUGCAGGCCUACCUCUUGUAGGGUUUAAGUCAUACGUGUGCUUUGUAAAAAAAAACAACACAAACACCUAAUACUGUGACCUUAGCAAGCACAAUGCAGCAAUAAAUCUCCUUAAAAUGUG